UCAUUUCGUGUGGUUGUCGGGUUGCCGCGCGCGCCCGCGUCCUGGUACCGCGGUUCGGCUUCGCAUUCGGCCGCACGCAGCAAAGGGCAUCGGAUCGCGUUUUCGCUGCCGCUACGAGAGUCGGCGUGCCGGUGUGUGUUUGUAGAGGUGUAUUACUGCGAGAAGGGAUUGUGGCGCCUACGCGACAGUGAAAAAGUGUUCCUUUUUUGAAGGUUUUAUUUUUAUCCCAAGAAAUGUAAAUGUAUCAUAACUCAGUGUGAAUCGAUCUCGCCGGCGUCCCCUGUAUUUGAAGCGCGAUCAUACAAAGUGCCGCCAGUGUUUGUGGCGCCGGAGAAGCAGUUAUAAAGUAGCAAAUAGAAUAAGGAAAAACACCUACAAACUCCCCUCACCAUGACGGUCACCUACACGGCGGAAGUGGCCACCUGCCGAGGUUUCGGCUGCUUCCUGAAGCUUCUUGUAAGAUGGCGCGGUAGUAUCUACAAACUAGUAUGGCUGGACCUAACCUGUUUCCUGCUUCUAUACUACGUGCUCAACAUUACCUACCGCUUCGGGCUAUCGGAGGACCAGAAACGGAUAUUUGAGGAAAUUGUCAAGUACUGUGCGACGUACAGCAACCUGAUACCGCUUUCGUUCGUGCUCGGCUUCUACGUCACCAUCGUGAUGACGCGCUGGUGGAACCAGUACACCAGCAUACCCUGGCCGGACCCGAUUGCCGUCUUCGUCAGUGCCAACAUUCACGGUCAGGAUGAGCGAGGCCGCGUGAUGCGCCGUACCAUAAUGCGCUACGUCUGCCUUUGUCUCACGAUGGUGCUGACCAACAUUUCGCCGCGCGUCAAGAAACGCUUCCCCACGAUCGAGCAUCUCGUGGAAGCCGGUCUGUUGAACGAGAACGAGCACAACAUCAUGUCCCAUCUGAACCAGAAGUUCCCGCGCCACUCCAAGCACUGGUUGCCGAUCGUUUGGGCGGCCAGUAUUGUGACGCGCGCCCGCAAGGAGGGCCGCUGUCGGGACGAUUUCGCGUCCAAAACGAUCAUCGACGAGCUGAACAAGUUCCGCGGGCAGUGCGGGCUGCUGAUCUCGUACGACACGAUCAGUGUGCCGCUGGUGUACACGCAGGUGGUAACGCUGGCGGUGUACAGCUACUUCCUUACCUCCGUCAUGGGCCAGCAGUGGGUGGAAACGAAGGAGCUGGGCGAGGGUGUGGUGAACAAGAUCGAUCAGUACUUUCCGAUCUUUACCACGCUGCAGUUUUUCUUCUACAUGGGCUGGCUGAAGGUGGCCGAAUCGCUCAUUAACCCGUUCGGCGAGGACGACGACGACUUCGAGGUGAACUGGAUGGUCGACCGGAACCUGCAGGUGUCGUACCUGAUCGUGGACGAAAUGCACCACGAGCAUCCGGAGCUGCUGAAGGACCAGUACUGGGACGAGAUCUUCCCGACCGAGCUGCCGCACACGGUCGCGUCGGCGGAGAUACGGGAGGAACCGCCGCAACCGUCGACCGCCGACAUCGUGGUGAAGAAGCGCGAGGCGGAGGUGAUCCCGGUCGUGCCGACGGCGGUCCGGAUCGAUGAAAUGGUCGGUAAACAGAACCAACCGGUUGAGUAUAACUUCCCCGCGAAUCCCAACGACGACGAGAUGGAUGAUAACGUGAGCGGCAUCCACUUCAACACGUCCGAUAAACCGAUCUAUCGCGGUGGCAGCUCGGCCACCAGCCUGGCCAGCGUGGCGGGUACGAUGUCCCGCGUCAACACGGUCACCUCGGCGCUGAAGCGGUUCUUCAGCAAGGACGAAUCGAGCCGCCCGAACAGUGCGACCCCGGACGCGGCCGGUUCGGUCCCAUUCAAGUUCCCUGGCUCGGCCAGCUCGAACAAUCUGGCCGGUGGACGCAUUCCGGACCGGGCGAUGGGCAGCAUGCGCAUCACCGACCAGGUGAUCGAGGAGGUGGACGAGCAGCUGACCAUUACGUCGAUGCAGGGCAACAACGAUUCCCGCCCAACCGCUGCCAGUCUGUUCGAGCACGGACCACCGAAACCGAGUGAACCGGUCGAUGUGCCGCAGCAGGCGUACAAUCGUACGCAAUCGUCCGUCGCCCACGGGUUCCAUCAUUCGCAGCUAACGCCACCGUGUGGUGGGGACGCCAUGCUUUCCGCUUCCGCGCCCGAAACGGGACGCUUCGAGCACAACUACGUCCCGCUGAGUCCGACCGAUCCGGACGCCGUGCCGAUGGUAGCGUCCUCGACGGCACUGCAGGGCAUGAUGGAUGAAACGGACCGCGUCACGACGACGUUCAACAGCGAGGAGACGGAGAAGGAGCAGCUGGAGCGCAAAACGCGGCUGCUGGCACGCUCGAUCAGCAAGCAAGCGGUGCUGGGGCUGAUCGAUACCGACAUGCUGCUCGACGAGCUGACCCGCAGCACGGGCGAUCUGGAGGGUUCGGAGAAGAAACCACCGCAAAACACGCCCGAUGGCCCAACGUCGGACAGUAACAGCAAUGUCGACACGACCUUAUGAUUUUAUCUGUCCGAUGCGGCGGACGAAAACGUGAUCGUGGUCAACGUGAAGGAGGGCAGUGCCGAUAGGUAGCAGAUCUAGCACCGCAUCGUGCAUCUGCCCGUCCGCGGAUGGAACUGGAAUUGAAGCGGGAAGCGCACCAGCGAUUCCGCUGUUCCAAUCUCGCCCAAAUCUCUUAAGGUGCGCGCGACACAUGAAACAAAAAAAAGGAAAAUCGCCCUCUCUCCCACCCCGUCUCGAAAUCUCUCUAAAACUCUCUUUUCCCCGUGCUACACAUUCCCCGCCGUUGGGGCCGUGCGUGAGGCAGCACAGCUCGGUCCCGACACGUUCCAUAGUUGCCGUAAGCUUUUAUCGUCAAGCGAUGGUGUGAGAAAGCGCAGGAAAUUGGUAAAACCGUUUCCCGCAUGAGAAGCGUGUUCAGAAGUUGUGAUUGUAAAACGGUCGGUUUUUAUUUUACAACAUAAAAAACAGUAUUUUAGUAGUGCAAGUGGCCAGUUGUACUAACAAAGGAGAAACGGGAUCUAAUGGCACCAGAUUACGAUGCACAAAGUGUGUAUGCAACCGGAUGAGCUGAUGGUUGCCGGCAGUUUAGCUUUAGCUUAAGAUUGUUGCAAACGAAUGUGGCCUGAACGGAAACGGAUGCGCCUUAUGUGUAGAUUAGCCUUUCGUCAGCAUAUGUAAGUCCUUGUUGUGUCAGCAGCAAUUUUGGAGAGAACAGCAACCGGCAGCGAUAGCUAACAGUGCGGUAUAUAGCUUUUAAACCUUAAUGCUCACGUGUAAAGUAUAUUUAGUUGUUGUAUCGCUUUUUUAAACGGCUCUAUACAUCGGGUGCCUCUUUACUCUGCGAGUGUACUGUUGUAUUGUAUUGAAACCAUCGCAGGAAGCAGGUUCAACGGCGUAAAAAAGAUAGGAGAUAUGAGAUUUUAAUACAACUAUGUUAUGAUAUUUACUGAAGGUAUGAACCAUUAUUCGAAUAUCGUAUGAAACAUUAUUCGAAACAUUUUAAGCAAAAUAAAUGCUUUUCUACUAAUGAU